AUGGCGAUCAACACCCAGACGUCCUAUCGCGGGACGCCCGAGGCAGAUGGAGACUCCCAGUCAUCGUCAAGCAAUUCUCCAGCACGAGCAGAUUACGAGGAGUCGGACUUCUACGCAGGAAACAAUGAUUCGCAGUCGUCCGUGGGCGUUCCUACAUUCCAAGAUAUGGCGGUAUCCGAAGAGCUCAAGGUCCCCCCGGCCAACCGUCUGCCGGCUGAGGUUCUCAUCAGCAUAUUCUCGAAGCUCAGCAAUCCCCAGGACCUGCUGAACAGCAUGUGCGUAUCGAAACGAUGGGCGAGGAAUUGCGUGGACCUUCUCUGGCACCGACCGACCUGUACAACUUGGAAUAAGCAUGGGUCUAUAUGCAAAACCCUUUCUCUCCCCGACCCGUACUUCGCAUACCGGGAUUUCAUCAAGAGGCUAAACCUUGCGAGCCUGGCGGAUAGGGUGAAUGACGGCAGUGUUGCUCCGCUUUCAGUCUGUACGAGAGUCGAACGGUUGACGUUAACGAACUGCAAGGGCCUUACGGACCAUGGUCUUAUCGGUCUGGUCACUGGGAGCAGUCAUCUCCUUGCUCUGGACAUAUCUGGAGAUACACAAAUAACUGAGGCCUCGAUGUAUGCGUUGGCAGAGAACUGUCGGCGAUUACAGGGGCUUAACAUAUCUGCUUGCAAGAAGAUCUCUAACGAGUCUAUGAUCCAGGUUGCGGAGAGCUGCAAGUAUCUCAAGAGACUCAAACUGAAUGAUUGUGACCAACUCGAUGAUACUGCCGUCCUUGCCUUCGCCGAGAACUGCCCUAACAUCCUUGAAAUCGAUCUCCAUCAGUGCCGGAACAUUGGUAAUGACCCAGUGACUGCUCUCCUGAGCAAAGGUCAGAGCUUGCGUGAACUUCGGCUAGCCAAUUGUGAUUUGGUCACGGACGCUGCCUUCCUCAACCUGCCUCCGAACCGGACGUACGAGCAUCUGCGUAUAUUGGAUCUUACAAGUUGUGCUCAAUUGACAGAUCGUGCCGUUGAUAGAAUCAUUGAUGUUGCUCCACGAUUGAGGAAUUUGGUGUUUUCCAAGUGCAGAAAUCUUACAGAUGCCGCUGUCAACUCCAUCAGCAGAUUAGGGAAAAAUCUCCAUUACCUGCAUCUCGGACACUGCGGCCAUAUCACAGACAAUGCGGUCCAGAAGCUCGUGGCAUGCUGUAACCGAAUCCGGUACAUCGACCUUGGAUGCUGCGUUCACCUCACCGAUGAUUCUAUUAUGAAGCUGGCUGCUCUUCCCAAGUUAAGGCGGAUCGGCCUUGUGAAGUGCUCUAGUAUCACUGAUAGGAGUGUUUAUGCAUUGGCGCAGGCCAAUCAACCUCGUAUCAGACAUGGUGCCCAUCGGCCCGGUGGUGAAGAAAUGCCAACCUACUAUACUGCGGGGAGCAGCCUUGAAAGGGUACAUCUUAGUUACUGUACCAAUCUAACACUCAGAAGCAUCAUCGUCCUCCUUAAUAACUGCCAAAAACUCACCCAUCUCAGUUUAACCGGGGUCCAGGCCUUUCUCCGCCAUGACCUCGAGCAAUUCUGUCGCGAGGCUCCGGCAGAAUUCACCGAACAUCAACGCAACGUCUUCUGCGUCUUCUCUGGCAAGGGCGUCAACGACCUGCGUACAUAUCUCAACAAGAACGGCGUGGAAGAUGAUUUCGAGUCCGAGGCCCGAGAGGAUGCUGAGGACGACCAGACAAUGACGGGUCUGAUGGGCGCGACGGCAUUGAAUGGCGACGAAGACGCAGAUGGAGACGAGGAGUUGGAUGCUGAUGGUGACGAUGGGGCUCAGACUUGA